GUUUUGUUUAUCUUCUCUCAGAUUACAGUUGAUUUUCUUAAAAAAAACCUAAUUUAGGUCGAGUCGAGAAAAUUCUACUAUAAACGCAAAUUUAAAUUUUACGUAAAUCACGACACAAACUUUAAGCAUUUCCAUACAGAAAAUCAAAAUGUCAGAAUCUGUGCCGUCGCCCCAGCAUCCAGAACCCUCGACUUCCACAGUGACCCUGACCGAAACCGUAGACGAACAGGAUCAUGCUGUUCCAAGGUUAACAGUGAAACUCAAAAAGCCCCGAACAGACCGAAAGGUCCAGUGGAGCACGGAAACAGUGGAUAACGAACAUUUAGGCAAAAAAAAAUCAAAAUGUUGUUGUAUCUUCAACAAACCUCGUAAGUUUGGAGAAAGCUCUUCGUCAGACUCGUCUGAUGAUGAGUGCGAACAUUGUCAGGGGCAUGUAGAGAAAAAAAAGAGGCAUAUGGAUCAUCAGGCUCAAAAGAGUGAAAAUAGUGUGGAUCCUCCUAAUGGUUCCAGUCCAGGAGAGCCCGCCAAAGGGUUAAUCGAGUAAGGUUUAUUUUGCAUACUUAAUUUCUAAGGUAAUUAAAUUGAGAAGAUUAAAGCAGUUAUUUCUCUGUGAUAUAAAAUGCUGUCACAAUAAUUUGUUCAGUGUCAGUCUAAUUUACUAUUAUAAGGUAUAUAAUAUAAUGAAAUUAUGUGUACUUGUGUUUAUUUAACAUUAAAUUAAUUUGUUGUUAAUGUUAUGACAUAGUUUCGAUCAUAAAAUUAAAAAAAAGCUUUUAAUAAAUUAAUUGGGGUCAACACCCCUGGAUAAAUUAAUAUUA